AUGGAUAUUUUGCCUAGCGUCGCUGGUAUCGACGGUGACACAGCUAUUCUGGUACUUCUGUACAUGCUGGUCUUGAUGAUCGGCGCCGUCUUUACUGCUCUAAUAUCUGGUUUACUUUUCCUCUGCCUCGUGUCGGUGAUAGGUGCUUUUACAUUCUUCGGCAUCGACCUCUGCAAAAACCUGGAGGAGUUUUUCGACCAAAGAAACCAAAAAUGGCUCGCCACAGGCGCAAAUUCAAUGGCCAAGGCCGUUUGCGGGGAGGAUGAAAAACAGAAACAAGUUACUUUCCUCAAUAAAAAGAAAGCCCUGCUCCAAGAGGGACGAGUUCUGGCGCAACGGGACGUUUAUCAGACUGAGGAGAUCAAAGAUCUAGAGGAGAUUGAAGAUCUUGGCAAAAAGCCGAUACCUUCCCAGCAAGAAAAACUCGAAAAGCACCGACAAGAGUCAAAAGAGGCAUCGGAUUUGCUGUUCAAGAAUUGGCGACAGUACAAAGAUCUCUUGCACGAAUGUCCAGGUGGUGCCUGGAUCCGCGAGGACGAGAGAAAUCAGUCUAGCCGGCAGACCUCCCAAGAAGAGAAAACGGCAUGCAAAUAUCGAAAAGUUGUGGUUGUUGUGAGAAGAAUCGAGCUGUCACUGGAAACCAAAGAGAAAGACCUGAUAUGUAUUUCUACUCGCAUUGCACGUCAGAGUGCUCAUGCUGUUUUCGCCGAGAGUCCCGUAUAUUUGGUUGUGAAGAAUAGGGCUCGUGAUGGAGGUUUUACUUGUACAGACUUCGUUGGUGGAAGACUUUUCCGAUGA